AUGAAGCAAAGCAGCGAUCUAUUAAAUUCGCUGAUUCUCAAUGUUACCCACAAUAUCUUGUUAACAAGAUCAAAGAACUCUACACGAUUCCAAAAGCCUGUGGAGACGCCACCAAAGAUGAACUUAAAAAGAAAGCGUCAGCAAAAUAAUCGAGUAGCAGCAUCGAUUUUUUUUGCCGAUCACAACUUCAAACAUCUUUAUGAACAUCAGCCGAUGCAGCAACAAUGGUUGGCAAGAUUUACCGAAGACGCUUCUGGAUGCAAUUUGGAUAAAUUACUUUUUUUUUCUCAUAAUAUUUUAGGAAUGAAGAAUGGGGAAGAAUAG